GUGCCCCGCCGCCUACGCUCCCUCGGCCACCUCGACUUCUCGUUCCAAACUGCUCUGUGCUGUGUGCUCUCGCCUUCUCCACGGCCACACAUACGCUCGCUUCUCGUCCCAAGGUUUGGGUUCGGUUGGUUGCCCGAUCUGAUUGAUCUGGUCCUUCGGUCGCUGCGGCGGGAGCGCAUGGCCGGCCCACCGGCGAGCCCCUCCGGGGACGGCGGCAUCGGGGACGGGCGGGACGUGUUCGUGCCCGUCGCGGGUAUCACCCGCAUCAUGGGGAAGGUCAUCCUCCCAGACGGGAAGAUCGAUGAGGGGGCCGUACGGGAGCUGGCCUCCGAGUUCAUCACCCGCCGGGCGAGCAGCGAGAGCGACAGAUGCAAGAGGGCGAAGCGGGAGGCCAUGACCGUCGACGACCUGCUGUCCGAGAUGGCGAAGCAGGGGUUUCAGGACCACAUCGAACCCCUCAAGGCCUGCCUGCACAAGUACAGAGUGGAGCUACCUUGCACAAUGGAGGUGGAGCCAAACCCCUUGCCCAUAUCUGAUGUCAGGGAUUGGUCUGAGCUCCCACUUGAUGCGCUUUCUGCAAUCUUCAUGAAGCUUGGGACCAUUGAGAUUCUGAUGGGUGCGGGACUUGUGUGCCGCUCAUGGCUGGUGACAGCCAAGUCCCCUGAGUUGUGGCGCUUCGUGGACAUGACGCGACACAAGGUGGUUUUCUCAAAGGCAGAAAAUGUCAUGUGCAAAAUGGCAAAGGUGGCUAUAGAUCGUUCUGAUGGACGGAUGGAAUCGUUCUGGGCUCAGAAGUUUGUCACUAGCGAACUCCUGAAUUACAUUGCAAGCAGAUGCAACUCAUUGAAGAGCAUUCGGCUCAUCGGCGCCUAUUACUUUUGGGAUGAUGAGAACGUAAUAAUUAAGCUUGCAGCUAAAUGUCCAAUGCUAGAAGAGAUAGAGUACUCUGAUCAGAAGCAGUCAUGGUCCUUUUUCACGGCGAUCGGCGCAGCACGCCCAGAGCUGAAACGUCUAAGAGUCCGUUUGCCUUGGUUUGACUCGGAUUCAAUAGAGCGUGAGAUGAGGAUGGAACAGCGGAACGGCGAUGACGAAGACGAGGAGGAGGAGGAGGAGGAGUCUGAUGAGGCUUGGGAGGCAAUACACAACGAGGAGGCCUUCGCCAUAGCAGAGAGCUUGCAUGAGUUGCGGCUCCUUCAGAUGGCAGGCUACGGCCUGACCAACAAAGGGGUAUACGCCAUCCUCGAAGGCUGCCCCCACCUCGAGUUCCUCGACCUUAGAGAAUGCCUCCACAUCAUAGUUAACGCUGAACUCCGAGCUCGCUGUGCCAAUAUCAGGCAUGUCCGGCUGCCAGGACGGGAGCCUUAUGUUCGGUGCCCAGAGAUCCAAACCAUCGAGGCGGAUGAAGGUCAAGUGAUCGAGAUGGCUGGUCUCUAUGAGACGGAGGCUCGCUCUGUGCACAACGAGCCAGCAAUGGGCAAUGAUGACUAUGGCGAGAACUACUGCGACUGCUGGGAUGACUACUCGCUCCCCUCGUCCCCUGACUCGCCUGCCUUGCCGAUGUACUCGAUGGAUGAUCCCAGAUACUACUGGGAGCUGUAAACAGAUGCAGUUGUGCCCAGUUUGUGCCAUGUUCAGUAGUCCAAGUCUGUCUUGCCGGCCGGAUACUACUGGGAGCUGUAACAGAUGCAGCUGUGCCGUGUUCAGUAGUCCAAGUCACUGUCUUGGUGUUUUGGAUCCUGAAUAUUUUGUGUGCGUCCCUGCAGGAGGGCUUUUGAUGUACAAAAGCGCCAAUGGUGCUUUUGAACCAUAUCCGUUUUACUAGCUUGUGUAAUAUUUGGACGGACUGCUUGUUGUGA